AGUACCAAAUGAAGAAAAACCACUCAUGUCUGAGAUGUACAUUGCUCGUGCUGCUGAGAUACUUAGCGUCCCUAAAACAAGAGAAAUCUGUGAGCAGGCCAUAGAGUCUAGUCUUCCAGAUAAAGAUAUCCACGCACUGAUGGUGAUUUUCGGAAUAAGUGGCAUGAGUUUGAGGUUCAGCAUGGAAAUGAAGAUACCUUCAGAGAAAUGCUGCGAACCAAAAGAAGUGUUUUCCGCAAGUUAUAGCCAGACACACUUCGUUCUGCCGGAGUACAUGAUGCAGAAGGAUCAGUCAUUGACCCUUGAUGAUGCAAAGGACAAAUUGAAGCAUGCUGGCGUCCCGGAGGUAGAGAUGGCUGCUCUUGAGAGGCAAUUGGCCCCUGUAUCCAAAAAAGUCAAUUCUAAAGACAGCAGCAGAAAAGUGGGGUUUGUUAGUGCUGGGGUGGAGUCCCAGACUGAUGGAGGGAUGACACCGGUUGCCACUGAAGACAUUGAUCUGCCAGAAGAAAGUGAUUCUGAAGAUGAAGAAAGAGUUUGUAAUUGCACCAAAUUGCACAGAAAGAUGUUCCAUCUGCUGUAUUUGGAGGUCUUAUCAGGAAGAGAGACGAUGGUGACGGAGAUGGGGAUGAGGAUAUUGUAUCAGCCAAAGAUAGGGAAAGUGAGAGCCGUCUAGGAGCCCUUGAGAGAAUAAAGAGGCAGAAAAAAACUUGAUUUUAGUUACUAACCUUGUCUAAUUUUGAUUGCUGGUAUUUUUUGUUCAUUUAUAACCCUUGUACUCUUUAAGCAUUUUUGACAUGCAUUAAGCCGGUGUCUGCCUGAAUAUACCGAGAUUAUGAGU